AUGCGUGAAAUUGUUCAUAUGCAAGUUGGUCAAUGUGGCAACCAAAUUGGUACAAAAUUUUGGGAAGUUAUUUCGGAUGAGCAUGGUAUCGAUCCUACUGGAAUUUAUCAUGGUGAUUCUGAUCUCCAACUUGAACGUAUCAAUGUAUAUUAUAAUGAAGUUGCUGGUGGCAAAUAUGUACCCCGUGCUGUUCUCAUCGAUUUAGAACCAGGUACUAUGGAUUCAGUGCGUGCCGGUUCCUAUGGUCAACUCUUUCGAUCUGAUAAUUUUGUAUUUGGUCAAUUAGGAGCUGGUAAUUGCUGGGCUAUAGGGCAUUAUAUUGAAGGUGCUAAACUUAUUGAUUCAGUGUUGAAUGUUGUCCGUAAAGAAACUGAAUCAUGUGAUUGUCUUCAAGGCUUUCAGUUAACACAUUCACUAGGCGGUGGAACCGGAGGAGGUAUGGGCACAUUGCUUAUUUCGAAAAUUUGCGAAGAAUAUCCGGAUCGUAUUAUAAGUACUUUCAGCGUUAUUCCGUCGCCUAAAGUCUCAGACGCCGUGGUCGAACCAUACAAUGCCAUGUUAUCUUUCCGAUACUUGAGUGAGAAUACGGAGCAAACUCAUUGUAUCGAUAAUGAAGCUUUGUAUGAUAUUUGCUUUCGUACUUUGAAACUAACUACGCCAAUCUAUGAUGAUUUGAACCAUCUCGUUUCGACAACUAUGUCAGGCAUCACCACUUGUUUUCGAUUUCCUGGUCAACUCAAUGCUGAUCUCCGCAAAUUGUCUGUAAACUUAGUGCCAUUUCCAAGUUUACACUUUCUCAUGCCUGGCUUUGCUCCAUUGACUUCUCGUGCUUCACAACAAUAUCGUGCCUUAACAAUACCUGAACUCACUCAACAAAUUUUUGACGCUAAGAAUAUGAUGGUUGCUUGUGAUCCUCGACAAGGUCGAUAUCUAAGUGCUGCAGUCAUCUUCCGUGGUCGGGUUUCAACGAAAGAAGUUGAUGAACAAAUGCUUAAUAUUCAGAACAAGAACUGUUCGUACUUUUCCGAUUGGAUUCCAAAUAACGUUAUGACAUCUAUAUGCGAUAUCCCACUUCGUGGUUUGAAGAUAUCAGCUAAUUUUAUCGGUAAUAAUACUGCUAUAAAAGAAGUAUUUAAACGCAUAAGUGAACAAUUCACUGCUAUGUUUCGUCGAAGGGCAUUUCUCCACUACUAUCCAUAUGAAGGAGGUAUGGAUGAAAUGGAAUUUAUCGAAGCCGAAUCGGCCAUGAAUGAUUUGAUUUCUCAGUAUAUAGAAAAUUGGGAUGCAUCCGUUGAUGGAUCACAAAACACAACUAAUGUGACUGGAGGAAAUGAUGAUUCAUCAAUAACAGCUGGCAGUUCAAAUUCUAAGUAUGAUUAUCUUCAGCAAGGCAUUCGAUAUGCUGAGCAGGCUGUACAAGACGAUACAGCUCACAAUUAUAAAGUUGCUGCACAAUAUUAUAUGAGUGCCGCUGAUUCACUCAUGCAUGCAGUGAAAUGAUCGCAAAGUACUUCUCUUGAUCCUACUGAUAUCCACAACGUACGUACUGUGGCUAGAGAAAAUGAUGAUUCAGCAAUGAUAACCGGUACUUCAAAUAUUUGCCAUGAUUAUCUUCGGAAAGGUAUUCGAUGUGCUGAACAGGCCGUAAAAGAAGAUGAAGCUCACAAUUAUAAAGCUGCUGCACAAUAUUAUAUGACAGCAGCUGAAUGGCUCAUGCAUGCAGUAAAAUACGUUGCAGAUAAUCCUGAAAUGAAACAAAUGUUACGAUCAAAAAUCGAGAGUUAUAUCGAACGAGCAGAAGAGAUCAAAUAA